AUGGAACUGGUUGGACUUUACAUCAAUUUUCCAUCAUAUUCUCGGAUGCAUCUUAAAAGAGCAAUCGAGUUUUACCAUCCAGAUGCAGUCCUUAUCGAAACUGGAAAGAAAGGAACCUAUGGGAAAGAAGCAAUAAAGAAAGAAUUUCUGGAUUUUGAUAAUCAAGUGGGGAAGUCAAUCACGAAGGUUGUAGAUGAACACUACCAAAUGACGGAAGAUUACAUCUUUUUCUGGGGACAUCAUGAGACAAAAACAGAAAAGGGCGGAGUACUCAAGGCAGAAUUCCAUCAGAUUUGGAAAAAGUGCGAUGGCAAAUAUUUGAUCUUACGAGACGAAUAUUCUAAG